AUGCUUGAUGAGCACAAUGAACUGGUCAGGACAUUUAGGAGGGUUCGGCAGCAACUACAUGACUCUGACACGCCAACUUUGAAGCUCAGAAUUUUUGGUGCAAAGAGCAGGAAUAGGCAAUAUGAUUUGCCAACGAGUUCUGACAUCACAACACUAAUACCUGGUGACUUUAUUCCCGAUAGAGAUGAUCGGGAUAUUAUCAUUGAUCAUAUUUAUGAUGGCUUAAAACGCAUAACCAGCUUAAAUCCCAAGUUCGAGGCCCUUCACUUCCCUUUGCUGUUUCCAUACGGAGAAGAUGGAUAUCAUCCACUCAUCAAGUACAACCCAACAUUCUGCCCUCCUUCCAUGCGAAGACAGUUUGUUACCCAGCGAGAAUACUAUGCAUUCAGACUACAGUUUCGCCAAAAUGAAGGCCAUACAAUUCUACAAGCAGGCAAAGCGCUACAACACUAUUGUAUAGAUGCUUUCUCAACUGUGGAGCUGAAUCGCCUUGCUUUUUUACGUUAUCACCAGCCAGAACUAAGGGCAGAGGUAUAUCAGGGCCUACAAGAUGCAAUGGCGCGUGGUGAUCUCGAUGGUGACAAGCUUGGACAUGUGAUACUUCCAGGGACUUACAUUGGCAGCCCAAGAUACAUGGAACAACUCUAUCAUGAUGCAAUGACAGUUGUUGAAUUCUUUAGCAAUCCUGAUCUUUUCAUAACUUUCACAUGUAAUGCAUUGUGGGAAGAAAUCACAGAAUCAUUCGAUUCAAUUGUCGGACCAAACAGCUCGGAUAAGCCAAUGGUGGUCUCGAGAGUAUUUCACAUCAAACUAAACAUAUUGAUCGAUGACAUCAAGAGGGAAUCAUAUUUUGGGAAAACACUUGCAAAAAUUCCAGACCCUAAAGUGGAUCCUCUAGGAUAUGAGGCUGUUGCACAUAUUAAUGUUGAAGUGUGCCACAAGGGGAAGUUGAUCAAGUACCUGUUCAAAUACGUUACAAAGGGCCCAGAUCGAUCAAUGCAAGCAAAUGUGAAAAAUGUUCUGGGAAAUCCCUAUGCAGGCAAGACGCAUCUUACUGAAUGGGAGGCCUUUGCAGAUAUACUGCAAGCUUAG